UUCAAUGGCUGACUGUUGUGCUGUUUUAUAAAUCAGUUAUUGGUCAAAUAGAAUUAAAUUGUGUGAGAAGUAAUGAAGAUUAAACGCUUUGUGUGAUUUUUUGAUGAAAGUUCAAAAUGGUGAUACAGAAAAACUGGAAUAAUGGGGAGGCGUCGCAACAAAAUUCAGCUUCAGAAAGCUCAUCAAGUACGACAUGGAGCUUUCAAGCUCCAGUGAAAGCUUUGAGUAUUCGAAGCGUUGCACCAAACAACGCACAAGUAAAACAGCCUGUGACGCGCCAAAUCGCAAUUAAUACGCUAGCAGCAAUGCACCGAAGGUUUAGUUUACCUGGCCCGGUGCAGCCUCACUCGAGACCCAUUUCAGAAUUCAGAGCCAGCGCUAACAAGUCACUGGACAUGUUGCGACAGACCAUACAGUCAGCCGUCACUAGAGAAAUUGAUCAAGUUAUCAAAAAGUAUUUGGAGAAAUUCUUCGUUCCGGCUGUCAAUAAUAUAAGACUGAACUUGGGAGAUGAAUCUGUCAGUGAAGAUCAGGUGAGAGCAGUAUGUCGUGCCAUGUUAGAUGCUACUCGGCUUCUUUAUACAACUCCUCCAAAACCCGCACCAUCUCCAUACGAGACCAGUGAUUCCGAAUCAAGUAACAGUGUUGACUCGAAAUUUGCCAAGCAAACAAAUAGUCCACUCAAUAAGCGGAAAGACACCGACUCAGAUGCCGACCUGAAUGCAAAGCGCAAGAAGAUUAAGGAGGAGUCUUGUGACAGUGCGUCGUCGUCACCACUUCCUUCACCAGCCAUAAGGGAUCUAGAGAAAUGGAAUCCGGCGAGGUUGACGCAAGAGACGCUAUUUAUUAUGGGAUCUCAUGCUCACAAGGUUCUGGGUCUUGGCAACUCGCGUGGGAGACUGUACACCAGACACGCAGGUUUGCUUAGGUAUCCAGCCGAUACUGCAGAUAAGGAGUGGAUUGCUAGUCACAACCUGGUCAAUGCUGUUGGAGGGAAAACUUACAUUAUGGUUUUAGAAGACAUUGAAGAGUUAGCAAAUAGUGAAGCUUACAAACACAGCUCAUUGCCUAUGCUUGGAGAACUGACUGGCUUUAAUGUGCCACCUUUCAUGCUGCGCAAAAUAAAGGCUUAUGUUACAAAGAGAGCCCUUAGUGGCGACUUGUCUAAUGCUGACAGUCCUCAACCGUCGAUGAGUCUGCAAGAAGACGAAAAGUUCAAAACUGAAGACAUCAAAAUUGAACAAGAUACAUUCGACAAUUUUAACCCCAGUCAAUACAACACAGAUAACUCGAGAGAUUUCCCCGACAUUAUGAAAGAAGAUCCAGAUUUCGCUGAUAUAAAAGUCGAGGAUAUUGACGAUAUAAAAGUUGAUGGAAUUAAAGUAGAAGACCUUGAUGCUUCUAUCAAGGUUGAGAAUAUUGAUGACAUUAAUGUGGAUGGUAUUAAGGUUGAAGAUAUAAAGUUGGAAAAUGAAGAUUUUGAUUUGUGUAAGCAAACUGAUGAUGAUGAACAAAAUCCUCUAGUUGAUGGUUUGUUGGAGGCGGACAUUGAGUUUCUGAGUCGGAAUUUGGGGAACAUCGAAAGUGAUGCUGAUGCAAGGAAAACCAUUGAGAAACUGACCGGUGCUAAUCCUGACACCAUAACGCUUGUUGGAGACGAAUUUGAUAUAGGGACAACAUUGAAUACAAGUUUUCCGACGUCAGCACAAACAACUAAAUGCAUCACAGUAGCGUCCACAACCAGCGGUAUGGUGCAUAGUGUGCCUGUGGCUCACAUCACCCCCCCUCGCAUCACAGGCAGCACUGUGCACUACUACACCAGUAAUGGGGUGCAGCCUAGUGGACAGAGGACCAUACACCACUUGCCGCAGGCUACUGUCACUAUCCAAAGCAUCCCUGGGUCCACUUCGCAGAUGAUUCGCGGAAUCCCGAUUAACGCAAAAUCCGGAACAUUUAGCACGGUGAUGUCGCAAGGCACAGCGAGCACCAUAAUCGGCUUCGGGACACGCACCAGUAACGCCACCAUCAUCGGGACCCCUCAGUACGUCAACGUCUCUUCCAAGUCCUUCCCCACCGGUAACAUCUUGCACAAUGCUAUAGUGUCGCGAAACAUCAUUAAUCGCACCAAUCUCGCUGUCACAUCCGGAGUAUCCUUCAACGUAACAGCUGUUAGACCGAUUCUGCACACGACAGCCCCGAAAAUAAGCACCGUCGUAACAGCGAGCUCUGACUUCGACAACAUAUCGACUACAAAAGAUAUGAUCGACAACGCCUGCAAUUCUUCCGUGAUGUUGAAAAAAGUUCUGACUUUGGGAAGCGCUGGAGCGGCUAAGUCUUUUAUGAUGCACAAUACUCAGAAAGUAUUGUCCACCGGUUUCGCUAAUGGAGUUACACCGCCUCCGAACGUUACUAUUGUUAGUUCUGGGACAAGUGGAGGUAUGUUGAGUAAUACCAAUAUUGGCAAUAAUACAUCGAACAUCGUAAGUCCUACCACAGGGACCCUGAGCGCUACACACGCUACGCUGUCAGCAUUGUUGGCUUCAACUGAAAAUGCACAGCAUAGUAAGAAUUAAACCACGCUUUAUCUUUUAUAUGAUCUCUAAAUUAGUUUUAAGUCGUACACUCGUACUUUCAAUCGUAUCUUGUUGUGUAUCGUGAUUUCAAAUAUUAGAAUGUUCUCGCGUCAAUGUUAGAGAACGUAAGGUUCUAGUAGGUACAUCUCUUAUAUAAAUCAAAUCGUAGGUGUAGAGAUUCAGAUGUGAUUUCUUAAAUCUACCUCUUUUAACAAAGUUUAUAGUGAUUAAACCCGCGUAACCAAUAUGGAUCUAAUUUUGAACAUAAUUCUAACAACCUUUGAUUGAGGUUUUACUAUCACAAAGUAUAGUAGCCGUAACAAAUGAAGAAAUUAUUAUUUGUGGCAUUUAUUUUCCUUUAAAGUUGUAAGAACGAAUGUCCUUUUAAAAUCCAAAGCCCAUUGCUUAACUAUUGUGUCUGGCAAUCUCGGUCUUAGGAGGUUAAUGUUCGAUAUAAUCUAGCGGAACUGGUUACGCGUUAAAAAUCUAUCACCGACAAAAUGUCGAUGAGAACUACGAGUAUUUUAUAUUAAUGAAGAUGGUUGUGUUAACAAUAUGCCAAAGGACAUCAAAUAAGUAGGUCAAAGUAUGAUAAUUUUAGGAACGAAGGAUUAUAAUAUAUAUUUUAUUAUUUGCAGCUCAAUGAUGAUUACUUAGAGCCAUAUAUUGAACAGUUCAAUCAGAAAUAUUUUCUUAAUUUGAUGGACUGUUAUACAGAUGUUCUUUCUAUAAUUUUAUGGCGGAAUAAAUGACUUACUGUUCUAUUUUUUGAUACACUUUGAUCAGAAUCUUUAGCGGGUGCGUAUUUUGUUAAUACCAUUAAAGAUGACGGAUCUUAAUUUGUACGAUCGUUUUAUAAUAUUUUUAUAAUUUAUUAUACAAUAGUUUGUAAGGGUAUAUUUAACAUGUUACAUUUUAAGGUAGUUAAGAGAUCGUGUUAUGUUUUGCUUACUUAGAUGCAAUAGAGCUUUAUUUAUUCGAGCGAUAUGAAUGCUGCUAAUGGGAUGCUAAAUGCGAGUCCACUGUCGGGAGGUUUAUGACUUUUUUAUGAGGAACUGACCUGUACCCGCCUCUUUUCUCAGAAUUGAACAUUUUAGUUCUAAUAAUAGUGUUACUGAGUGUUCAACGAUCAAUCGAUAUUCUCUGUUCGGACUGUCCAUGUCGUAAUUGAAUAGUUUUUCUAGUGAUAGAUACUGAAGCUCAUGAAGAAAGCCAAUUAAAUUUUGUAGAGUAGGAGAUUUAGUAGCUGUUAUUGUAACUGAUUUUUAGUACAAACCAAGUAGAUCUCAAUAUAAAAUAGAGUGGGCGCUUUUUUCUAUGACUAUUAUUCGCGUCGCUUAUUUUUAAUAUUCCACCGCGCCGCAAGACUGCAAUGCUUUGAAAGCUUUAAUUUUGUAUAUCUUUAUACGGUUGCAAUAUUUUCACGCUAUUUGUUUAGCUUUCGCGUGCAAUCUGUUUUUUAGCGUUGUUUUGUUUAAGACUGUGGCUUUUUAUUUGUUUUAUGCCAGUCGUGUAUGCGUAGCUUUAGUGUUGAAGGUAGUGAUUAUAAUUAUUAAAAUAUGCGGAGAUGUUUGGUGUAGCAAACAAGUUCUUUAAUAGCCAAAGUACUUUGGGUUCUGUUUCUAAUCAGGCCAAUUUAGUAACUUAUUUUCGUUGCUAAGUGUUACUUGCCCAACCUGCAAUAGAGUGGUGUAAGUAUGUCUCAUACAUUCAUAUUUAUUUACCUAUGCAAAUCUCAAUAUGUUUAUUUGUAACCAUAUUCUCAGAACACCGUGGAGAUUUCCCCGUUGUAUAAGGUUGAACGAUUUUGAAUCUCAGCUAAGAAGGAAGCUAUUUCCUACGUCUUAUUUUACCGACUACCUUAUUGUUAUCUUAUUGGUUUUGUUUGUUUGUAAAUGAGCAUUAAAUUAGCUGUUGUUCCAUGUGCGUGAGUGAGUAAUUUAUUAAUUGUAGGUUUUAGUUUAGUAUAGGGUGUUAAUAACGGGGCUUGGAAAUUGUAACAAAGUACCCCUUUAGUAUUUCAACGGUGAUUACGGGUUGUUUAGUUGGACUUCGUGUAAACUGUCAUAAAACGACAUGUUUCAUGAAGAGAAGUUUAGUAGAAGUAGUAACCUUUUUGUAGGCAUAUUUUUAAUAUGCACUCGCGAGCAAUAAACUGGAAUCGCUUCAUCACGCGUUGCCCAAAACUAGUUUUUACAAUUUAAUUUCAACACAACAUAGCAUCACGCCAGUAUCCCCG